AUGGUGCAACUGCCGUCAUGGCUUUCACCAAAUUCCCGCCUGCCAACCUCUUCCACCAGCACAAGCGGAAGCCAUGUCACAUCAGCACCUCCUCUUCCCCGGACGGAUAUUGGACCAGCAGCUGUGCACCUUGAGCAUAAGUUAUUAGAGCUGUAUUGGGCUGGAGUAAGGCGUGAACUACCUCACAUUCUUCUCACCCUACGAAAAUGGCACCAAAAUCCAGAGUUUGCAUCUACUCUGCUCCCUGACGAAGACGACUUACUCAUACACGGCUAUGAUACCUUUCUCCACCAAGUCAGUGAUGGCUCAAACAGGUUCUACACGAGAAAUUUCGAUGCAGAAGGCGAAGAGAAAGAUGUUCCGCCUUCGUAUGAGGAAGCAAUGCGGUCUCGUGGCCUCGAUAUGUUCGCAGAGAUGAAGAGCAACCAGGUCAAAGCCGCCAUCAGAGACACUCUGGGAUCGCGUGAUAUCCCUACCAUUCUGAGGAGACGAGCUCGUGUGCUUCUUCAAUCAGCACAGUUCUUGGACAUUGACAAAGUAAUUGAGUAUCGGGAGCCCGAGAAGUUUAUGACAUUCUGGAGACGACCAGCUCCACCUCAGCUCACGGUGCCGUCAGUAGACCAAUCUCAAAUGCCAAUAAUGUCAUCCCAGCGGUGUUUUGAGUGCCAUAAGGUCGUUCGAGGGGCCACUUUCACCAACGUUCAAAAAGAAGAGAUGGUUGUUUGCGAGGACUGUUACCGGACCAACCAUUUCGGCCAACCUGACUUUGCCAAGGAGUACAAGACUUGUUGUUUGGCAAAGUCUAUCCAUCCCAAAAUGAGUCGCAAAAUAUGUAACUGCACCAUGGUUCGUCGAAGAGAUCAGGAUGGGAGAUUGUUGCCUUUGUGGCCGCUGACUACCGACUCAAACUCCCAUCAUGUCCAGGGAGGGAGGGGGAAGGUCAAUUGUGGACUGUUUGAGUUGACUGACAUGGUUGCUGAGGCCAAGUACGCCGCUACCAGAAUGAAGACAGAAGGUUCGACGACACUUGAAGCUGUUAGGCGUGAAGAGAUGGGUGUCGUUAAGGAUGAUAACCGUCCGAUGAAACUGAAAAAUAUCAACACAUCCUCUCGGCCAGAAUUUGGCUCUUCUUUUGGCGUGACAACAGGGUCACCGGAAGAUGUGCCAAUAUUUUUGCGAUCUAUUACAGAAAAGUACCCCUAUGGGAAUGUGCAUAUGGCCCUGAGGAUUGGCCCUGUGGUGAUUGAGAAUGGUGUCGAAAAUACUGGGGGCGGUGUGCUUCUAACGACUCGAGACUCGCCUCAACUCCAAGUGCUACUCGAUUCAAAAGUUGAUCAUCAAUACAGUCUGCUUCUUACGGGGUCGUCCGACCGUCACUUGUACUCGCAGUAUCGCCCACGCCCCUUGAAGAGAUAUAAGGCAAUGAUGAAGCAAAUUGUCGGUGGCGCAUUUUGUGGCCUCUUUGAUAUCGGACGUGAAAACGAAAUCAUAGAUUUACUAAUUGAAGAGAGCCUCCAUUUGGUAGAUGAAGGCAUCACAGCCGAUCAAAAAACGAAGCUUCUGGAUCACAGCGUCGAAAAGUUGCUCGCCAAGAUCAAGACAUACCUGUCCUCGAGAAUUGAGGCGUACCUAUCAAAUAUUGCAAAGCGGCUGCUCGAUCCUGACAUCAAGCUACGAUGGAACUUUCAGUCAAAUAAUUGUCAGAACUUUUGUGACAGUUUGAUUGAUCGUGCUUUAUUCGGAUCGCUGUUUGCACCACUGGAAUCGAAUUCGAAGAAACACAGCAAAACUUCCCCUCUGCCAAUGUACCUGAUGAGCUUUGUUUGUCGGCCAGGUGCCUAUGUUCAAUACAAAGCAAAAUCCAAGUACGAUGUCCCUAACGGCUUGACAGAGGAAUAUUUAUUGAAGUUUCGAUAUGGCCGACAUGACGAAUCCGACAUAAUAGACACCCUAGCUGAGUACUGGUACGACUGGGGCGGUUUCGAAGGGCCAAUCUACCGCUACCAAGAUAUAUUUCCCUGGGAUUGCACGGAAGCCUACGGUCGGUAUCCUAUUCGUUGCGGCAACUGCAAUAUCUCAAAGCAUGUAUUGGCAUUCCCUUUCGAUUCCUGGUCUAUUAUAUCUCUGCAUUUAGCCAGAGGGCGUGAGUUGUAUCCACGACAUCCGCUUCGUAACCUCUCCCCGGAUAAAGAUGGCACAAACGACCACAGCAGAAUCGCUCCUGGCCACAUGAGUGACAUUGAAUGGUUUCAAAACCGUUUAAACGUACUCCUAGCACAAGACUCAUUACUAGCCGCUGUCGUUGCCAUGGCCAAGUGCUCCCAGUUUCGAGAGUCCACAUCUUGGCUCCAGGACCAAGAAGAUGAGCGCAAAGAUAGACUGAAGCUCGGGGGUAUUCAUCGGGCUCAACCCUUCAGUCACCACUUUGAAAAGGGUGCAUACCAUCAGUAUUUUGUGGCGGAUUGGGCUUCACUGUCGCUUCCGUUACGUAUCAAAGCGUACGAGACUCUCAGAGACUGGCGAGCUACGAGAAUAGAUAUCAAAGACGAUACAAGUGACUCGGAUGGAGGCGGCUGUGGCGGCUGUGGAGGGUUUGUUGUGUUAGUUCCUGUGGAAGUGGUUGCGGGAGUGGUUGCGGAGGAGGGUGUGGCGGGUGUGGUUGAUAGCAGCAUGUUUUGA